AGCGGCUGAGGGACCCCUCGUACCCACCCGGCUGCCCCGGGCCGUUCACCGCGGGCGGAGCGGCGGCAUGAAUGCAAACGUUCGGCAGCUCAGGAUCUCUGUUCUGGGUACACGGAUGCACUGAGGAUGUCAAUGGAUAUAACUUUCCUCGGCACUGGCUCGGCAUAUCCCUCUCCAACCAGAGGAGCGUCGGCACUGGUGCUUCGCAGGGAAGGAGAGUGCUGGCUGUUCGACUGCGGGGAGGGAACUCAAACACAGUUCAUGAAGAGCCAUCUCCGAGCAGGCAGAAUUACCAAGAUCUUCAUCACUCAUCUUCACGGUGACCACUUUUUUGGACUUCCUGGCCUGCUGUGUACAAUUAGCCUCCAAAGCAGCCCUGAUGCAGACAAACUACCUCUGGAUAUUUAUGGACCAUUAGGGCUGCGAGACUUCAUCUGGAGAAGUAUGGAGCUCUCCCACUCCCAACUUCUCUUUCCCUACACUGUUCAUGAACUGGUGCCUACACGGGACCAGUGCCCUGCAGAAGAAUUCAAGGAGUUCUCUUACAUGGGCAGUGAUGAGAUACGUCCUGAUGGAGCACAAGGGAGAAUACUCCAUCUGGAUCCAGUAGAAGACUCUUACUUGCUGCUUGAGGAUGAGCAGCUAGUUCUGAAAGCAUUUCGCCUAUUUCACCGCAUUCCUUCCUUUGGCUUUGUGGUGGAAGAGAAGCCCCGGACUGGUAAACUCAAUGUACAGAAACUGAAAGACCUUGGAGUUCAACCAGGUCCUUUAUAUGGGAAGCUGAAGAAUGGGAGUACAGUUGUUCUAGAAAAUGGACUAACAAUUUCUCCUUCUGAUGUCUUAGAAGACCCUAUUCCUGGAAGAAAAAUUUGCAUUCUGGGGGAUUGUUCAGGGGUGGUUGGAGAUGCGGCUGCAAAGCUUUGCUGUGGAGCAGAUGUACUGGUACACGAAGCCACGUUGGAUGAUACACAAGAGGAAAAGGCCAGAGAACAUGGUCAUAGCACUCCGAAAAUGGCUUCGGAGUUUGCAAAAUCGUGUAAAGUUAAGAAAGUGGUGUUGACUCACUUCAGUCAGCGGUACAAACCGGCUGCACAGAGAGGUGAGGGGGAUGCGGACAUCACCGAACUGAAGAGACAGGCAGAGUCAGUGUUAGAUGGCCAAGAAGUAACACUAGCAGAGGAUUUCAUGACAAUAGAAAUUCCAAUGAGAAAGAUAAAAUGAUAAUGUUAGCAAGCUCGGUGUGAAGACAUAAACUAGGCUGGUAUUGGGUAACAGUAGGGUUCUGGUAUCCAGCUGUGGCACACAGAACACUUGCAAGCUGGAGACAGUACCAGGUACAGUUAUGUUGCUUCUGUAAAGCAAGAAAAAAGGAUACUUGGAUGUCUGGAACUUGGAAUAAAUUCACAGUAGAUGGUUUCAGACACCCCAGGAGCUGAAUGUGUAGGCUGGUCCUUACUUCUCUUCCUUAGACCACAGAUUCUUACAGCAGAGCACUGAAUCAUUUGGCUUGAUACAAUAGGAAGGUCUGUAUUCUGUACCAGAAUGUAAGAUACCUUACCUGUUACAAGCUUUUAAGUAACAUCUAUUUCAAACUUGUCUGCAGUAUUCUGUUAACUGUAAACCUGUUUCUAUGUAAGAGGACUAUCACACUGGAACUAAAUAAAGUAUAGC